CCCCACAGGGGCCGGAUCGGGCCCCGGGUGGGCACUGAUCCCCUGCCCCCCCCCCCCCCACGGGUGCAGACAUGAACCCCAAAAGCUGCCUCGGCUGCACCAAGUACUUCCUCUUCCUCUUCAACCUCUUCUUCUUUGCCCUGGGCAGCCUCCUCUUCGCCUUCGGCCUCUGGGUCCUCUUUGACCGGCAGAGCUUCGCCGCCAUGCUGGGGUCGUCGCUGUACAGCCUGAAGGUCUGGUCCUAUGUCUUCUCGGGGGUCGGCAUCGUGACGAUGCUGCUGGGCUUCCUGGGGUGCCUGGGUGCCCUCAAGGAGAUCAAGGCCAUGCUGCUGGUGUACUUUGGGAUCCUGCUGCUGCUCUUUGCCAUCCAGAUCACACUGGGCGUCAUCAUCUACACGCAGCGUGUCACUCUGGCCACCAAGGUGGCCACCUACGUGCAGGAGCUGAUCCAGGGGUACCCGGCCCAGGGGCCGCUCGGGGACCCCCACGAGAGCUGGGAUGCCGUCCAGCAGCAGCUCGGUUGCUGCGGCUGGAACGGACCCCAGGACUGGGAGCACCCUGACAGCCCCCCCGAAGAUGGGGACAGGGCCAUCGCCUGCUCCUGCCUUGAAGCACCAGCACCCAACAGCACCCACGGGCCCCCCCAAGCACUGCCCCAUGGCCGCUGCCCCACAGCUGCCCCCCAGGACAUCUUCCCAAGGGGCUGUGCUGAGGGUGUCCAGGGCUGGCUGGCCGAAAACCUGAUCACCAUCGUGGGGAUCUGCCUGGGCAUUGGCCUGCUGGAGCUCUGCCUGCUGAUGCUGUCGAUGUUCCUGGUCAGGAACCUGGAGACCGACUACGACAAACUGCUGCGGGGGCUCUGAGGGGGGGCGGGCCGGGGAGGCGGGGGGCGC